CAGCCAUUACCCGGCAACAAACACGGGAACGGAGUAGAGUGUGGAGCCCUCCACAACCUGUUGCUUCAGCUCAGUGCAUCACCGCCAGCGAUGCGAGGGGGAGGACGGCUGGCCACUCCGGCCGUUGUAGCGGUGAAGUGGGAUCACUGACGGAUGGGGACUGGACUAACUGUUUAAAGUCAGAAUGAAUAUGGACAAGAGCAUUCCCGUGGUGAGGCACGUCUUCCGGGACAGUGACCUGGGCCUGAAACAGGAUGCAUACCCAAGGCCUUUGGACAUAAAUCGUGUUGCUGAUCUAAUAGAAGAUAAAUACUCAUGCAACCUCGUUGAGAGACAUCUACACGCUUUGAAGAGACUGGUGAAACAUUAUCAGUUUGGUUUUCCAAUUAGAGACUUAGUUCCAGUCUUUAAAAUUCUUAAUCUUUGUGCAGAAAAAGUAAAAGAUCAAGAUGCUUAUGUGGAGCCAAUUUGUAAAAUUCUCAAAUUGUGUGGCUUACCUUUUCUUAAGGAGAAAUCAACUGAUGAAUCUAACUUUGCCCAGGUUGUGUCAGAGUCUAUUUCACAAAUGGGAUAUCUGCUAAGGAUACCUAAUAGGGAGAUCCAAAUGCAAAUCUGCAAUUCCAUCAUGAAUUUGUUUUGUACAGAGUCGCCCAGAAAGGAAGUUGAAGGAUUCCUUCCAACUAGUAAGACCUACAAUAUGCAAAUGGUUGAAGAAAGUGGAGUGGUAGAAACUUUGGUCAUGGGUCUCACUCUAGUUGGAAACCAAAUGGAAGUGAAGUUAAGGAUAAUCAAGACCUUGCAAUGUCUUUCUUCCUCAUCAGUGAUGAACUGUAAUCUGAUGUUAAAUGCACAAGCAGCAAACAAAAUCUGCCGUUGUAUGAAUGAUCCAGAUCCAUCUGGACAACUUCUGUUUCUGUCAUCUGAGAUCUUGUGGACGUUACUCGAAAAAGCUUCGAAAACAGAACUUGUUAAUCAGCUGAGAGAUCUUGAGUGUAUCCGUGCAUUAAAAGAAGCCUUUUUGAACAAAAUGAUAAAUGGAUAUCGUCAUUCUGACCGCCAGCUGCGCAAUGACUUGCUAGUAAUAGCUACAAUUCUAGCAGAGAAUUCCUUGAUUCCAAUGAUUGAAACUGGCUUUACUAAGCAACUAAUCAUAUUUGCUGUAUUCCCUGAAGUAAACACUAAUGAUGCUUUGGUUCAUGGCCUGAAAAUUUCCUCCAACCAUGAAGACUUUGAAAUGAAAAAAUUAUUUUUUCAGUUGCUUGUUGCCAUGACUCAUGAUCUUGCUUCCAUACAGCUACUUAGUGAAGAGAAAGCACUACUGGCAUUAUUUUACUAUGUUGGGAAAAAUGAGCAAACUAGAACUAAAGGAUGGUCUGCUGCACAGUUUGAGGAGCUUCAGCUUCAUGCUUUGGCUGCUUUGAUGUCAGUAGCUCCCCUCAUGUUGGAAGAUUACAUGGAAUGUCAAGGAAAUACCCGUCUUCUUCUUUUUUUGGACUGGUGUGUAAGCCAAGAUCCAUACUUUGGUAAAGGCAAUUCUUUCCAUGCUACUGGUGGACACGGGAAUAAGAAAGCUCAAAUGCGCUACUGCCUAAGGGUCCUGCGAUCUAUGGCAUCUCUUGGUGAAGAAAUUAUAAACAAAAGUUUGUGUGACCAAGGAGUCAUUAAUCAACUUAUAGAUAUUCUGGAAGGUAUGACAGACACUUCAGAGAAAGAAAGUGAAAUUAAUUUGAAUAUGCAAACUGACAUCCUCAUCAUCUUGUCCAGUAUCUGUGAAAAUGAUAUUCAUAGAAAGGAACUGUUCGGUGCAUUUGGAGUAGAAGUUCUCAUUAAAUUUCUAAAGAUUGAACCAAUGAAGUUCUACAGUGGCAUGGGUCACAACAAACUCAUAGUGGCCACAGUUGACUGUAUCUGGUGUUGUAUUGUUGGAUGUUGUACAACCGAGAACAGUUUCCUUGAAAUGGGAGGCAUUUUCCUUCUCCUGGAUUUGCUUGAAUCAAGCUCAGAGCGCAUACAUAAUUUGAUACUUGGAACAUUGCUUGAGUUAUGUGAAAAUUCCAGAACAAUCUGUCACAUAAAAGUGUGGCGUGGAAAAAAUGAUUCUACCGCACCUUGCCUUCUACUGCAUCUUUGGAGGCACAUAGAGAAAGAAAUGCGAGUCAAGCGGGAUGAACAUGGAAGGAUUUUAGAUGCCAAGAAGUCCCUAACUGGGCUUAUCCAGGAAGAAUAUGGAAUAACAUCAUUGCCAGACAAUUGCCUAAGCCCUGAAGUGAUUGAUGUUUCUGAAAAUUCAAGGGUGAAGAUUUAUUAUAUUUUCUGUAAAUUAGGUUUUGAAGAUCUUCCUGGAUUAUCCUCCAAUGAUUUAAUUACACUUGCCAUUGUACUUCAUUACUUAGAUUUGAAGGUGGGAAGCGUAUGGAUGGAAAUUGAAAAGGAACUUAAACAGGAAGCCAUCCAUCCAAUCAGUAGAGAUGCGGAGGGUUUGCGUACUAUAACAGAGCACUAUAAGAAUGUUAGCAGACAGGUGGCACAAUAUCAAACGGAAAUACUUGAAAAUGAGCAAAAAUGGGAACUGCUGGAUGAACACAGAAUGUAUUGCAAGAUACAACAUAACUUCAAACAGAGAGAAUUGUCCUUGAAAUCAUGGAAUGAAUAUGUGGCUAGGACAUCAAACUAUGAAAACUUGAAGAAAGCUAAACAGCUUCAGGAACACGCCAUCCAGUCUUCCAGGGUCAGAAAAAAAGGACAUGGUUACAUUUUCCACCGGCCAGAAAUUGCAGGUUUACAAACAACGGGUUUCUGGGCUCGUUUGGUUACAAUAGAAAGUACGCCGCCACUGUUUUUAGAAGAUUUAUUAUCCUCUCUUGCUCUUCAAGAAAAAAGUGUUUUCAUAAGAGAUGAAACACUGAAAAGUGGGGCAAAGGAGAUGAAGAAUAAAAGUUCUGUUUCUAUAAAAAGUGCAAAAUUCCAAUUAUAAAUAAAUUCAGAGCAUUGUUUGGACAUUUCAUUGCAUUUGACUUUUAGUUAAAUAUUAAAAAAAGAAAAAUCUCUGAAUAACAUUGUUUUUGAAUGGCAACAAUCAUUUAUAUACAUUUAUUUAAUGUAUAAUUGAAUUAUUUAAAAGAGGGAAUGUUUAAAGUGAAAAAUGCAUGUAAAAAGAAAGGAAGUAGAGAACUUGGUAGACACACAACAUCUGUAGUAAGAACAUACCAACGUUAUAUUUUGGUUCUGUUGAAAAUGCCUCUGUCCAACUCAAAAACGUGUCUGCGCAGUGCGCUAAUUCAAGUAUACUCUGUCUUGAAUAUCGAUUUCUUCUUCCGGUAAAAAAUUCCCAUCCCCCAUCCCCAUCUUCCUCUAUUCCAAACUCAGCCACCCCCCCCCCCCACCCCUGAUUUUUUUUGUCUCUUCUCACCUGCCUGUCACUUCCCCUGGUUCCCCUCCUCCUUCCUUUUUCCUCAGGUCCACUCUCAUCUCCGAUCACAUUCCUCCUCCUUUAGCCCUUAACCCCUACCUACCUGGCUUCAUCUAUCACCUUCCAGCUAGGCUCCUUCCCUUCCCCCCACCUUUUCAUUCUGGUACCUUUUCCCUUGCUUCUCAGUCCUGAAGAAGGCUCUUGGCCCAAAAUAUUUCCAUAGAUGUAGCCUGACCUGCUGAAUUCCUCCAGUAUCUUGUGUGUUGCUUUGGAUUACCAGCAACUGCAGAAUUUCUUGUGUUUAUAUUCAGUUUUUGUUUUAUAAGGAAGGUAAAUUAAUUUAAACUGCAUUUAAUGGCAUGCUCUUUUUGGGAUGUUUGGAAUCAAAUGAUCAAAAGACUAAAUUCACCCAUUUCUAGUAAUAUGUCAUCUAUUUCCAGUAUUGUAACCUUAUUUCUGAACUAUGCUUUUGGCUGGAACUCACUGACAAAGUGAUAAAGGCUGAAACUAUUUGGAAGAACACAUAGUGUUCUGUAACCUAUAAAAAUACAAAGUGAAACUGGGAAGAUAUCUUGACCUCUUUUGUGACUUCUGUGCUUUUAAAAUGUGUUUUUUAGUAGAGAAUUAGCAAGUAACAACAAAAAAUUUGAUGUAAAACUUAUGGAAAAUGUCCAUCCAGAAAUUCCAUUGUGAUAUACUGUUUAUUUCAGCAAUACAUAAUUGAAAAAAAAAACUUGUUCUCGAGCAAAAAGCAUUAUCAACCAUUUCCAAGUUGUUUCAUGUCAUCUGUGAACUUAACCAAGCAUUUUCCAAUUUGGAUUGUCUUUUCAUCUCUGGUAUGAUUUCCAUGUCAGACAUGUAUCAGAUGUUAAUACUAAGAAAGUGUUGCCAGGGAUAUUAGAUCAUGUUGCUCUAAGGUACAGUAUCUGUAAUUGGACACUCCUGGACAAUUAGACUUCAUUAAUGCCAUAAUCAGUUAAUUUAGCAACUGGAAAAUCACAUCAAAGUAACUUACAAUAACAACAAUAUCAACUUAUUUAGCAUAUUUGUUAUAAUGCACAACUUAUGCUUCUUAGUGAGGAUAUUUUGUAAAAAAAAAUGUUGAAACAAGCAAGGAAGUUAGGGUGGAUGACCAAACAUUUAGACAAGUAGUGGACCUAAUGCAACAUAAUCAUGGAAGGAAGAGUGUUUCUCAGGAGGAAAUCACAGAGCUUAAAGAACUUAGUAGCUGAGUGUAUGUCUAUCACUACUGAGGUAAUUAAAAUCAGGUCUGAGCAAUAGGCCAAACUUGUAGGAACUGUUAAGACCAUAGAAGACUACAUAGAGAGUGACGGGCAUAAUUGGGGAAUAAGGCUUAAUUUAGACACAAACAGCAGAAUUUUAGUUGACUUCAAAAUUAUGGAAAGUAGUAUCAAAAAUGCCAUUCAGGGGUGCAUUGCUAUAAUGAAAUCUGGAAGUAACAAGGUUAUGGGUGAUGGCUUCAGGAGUAAAGGACGACAUCAAGAGCAAAAGGGUGAAGUUGGGCAAUUGUACUGAAGUGGAAAUAGGUGGUCUCAUUGAUGAUGCAAAUGUGAAGUCUAAUUUCAAUAUGGUCUAAUUUGGCAUGAAGGUUAUAAACAAAUUGUUUAUAACAGACAGUUUCUAAGGAAAAGUUAGUGGCUAUAAUAUGAAGUGAAACAAUGAUUUCUGUCUUUACAGUGUUUAGUUGGAGUAAAAUUCAUUUAUCCAGUAAUAGAUGUUGACUAAACAACCUGGUAAUUUAAAAGUGAUGGAAGUAUUAUUUCUACAAAAAAGUGUGCGUCUGGUUAACAAUUCCAAGACUCAGCAAGUAGAUGAGAAAAAUGAGGAAAUCAAUGAUGGAUUUCUGAGGGACACCAGAGAUAGCAUUGUGGAUGAUGGUAGUAGAUAUUUUGUCCCUCACUGGAUUGAUAAUAAUAGAAUCAUGGUGAGCCAUAUUGUUCCACAAUAUCUGAAACUGCAGGUGGGUAGAAAAGGACAAAGGGGACAUACACAAAAUAUUAUUCAAGUCAGUUUGAAUCAUAUAAUUUUUCUGUUCUUGAAAGGUAGACAAUGGCAGAUUUAUUUUUAUAGCCUAUAAUUUUGAUUUACUCACAGUAACGUAAUCAAAGAUUUUCAGUCACAAACACAUCUGAUUUGUCACCUCUCUUCAAGUUGAUUAAAAUGAUAAAAUAUUCCAAAUGUCUGACUCUAAAUGUUUGCAAAUUUAGGGAACUAAUUAACAAAAUCAUAGGUUAUAAACAAUUAUCCUGAUUAUUAUAUUCACUAAAUUAUUUUCAUUGUGAUAACAUGAAGUCAAAACUGGCUCUUAUUUUAACAAAAAUAAAAUCACAAUAUAAUCACCAAAAUGACAUUUAUCAAUAAUACAAGAAAUUGAAUCUUCUGUAUGGCAUGUACAUAAAAUUAAUUUCUUAUGGUAAUCAGUAGGAGCUGCUAAUUAAGCCCUUCCUGAAGAGUAUUAUGCAUACAUUUUGUACAGGGUAGAAAUAAACAUGUUCAUUACCUAAAGGUGACUACUGUGCAAUUAUAUUCACAUUUUGUGCUCAUACUUACAGCAUUUUGUGCAAUUUCGGUCAUAUUAUUGAAUCUGUCAUAGCCAAUGAAUAUAAAGCACAUGAUGAAAAUGCAGCGUAACACUUCAAACAUUUAUAUGAAACUAUAGAAUAAGGAAAAUGCUGUUAUUUCUUUCCUUAAACUACCCUGUUAAGAAUGAAUCUUUUGGAGAGAUAUCCUCCACUGUAUCAUCUUUAAAAUUAAAGAACACAUUGGCUAUCAUAAGCCAAUGAUAACCAUACUAAAGUAGACCAUACUAAGUAGAAAUUGUUAACGGCUUUAGUUUGAUACCAGUUUCAAUAUAACUUUAGAUUUUAAAACUACUAUAUGGUUUGAUCCUUAACAUGACCUCAAUAGUAGUCAAUGAAGAUUUGUAUAAUGACUUUACAAUGAUAAGAAGACUUGAGAAACCUUUAUUUCUUAAUUGGUCAGUUCUCUGAGCUAUCCUUUAUUUCAUGAUUCUUUCAUUCAAAAUUAAGGUCACUGUCAAAAUCUAAAUCCAUUGCUUUCAAUUAAUUCCUUUUCCAAUUUCUUCAAGUACAUUUGAUUUAUUUCUUAGUUACCUCUUAAUUACCAUUUAUCCAUACCUUCUUAACAAAACUAUUUGUUAGAAUAAGAUUAGUUUUCAUUCAUGGAUUUAUGACUAUACCUCUACAGCACAAAAUACAAGUCACAAAGAGAUGAAAAUGUUCUUUGUCAACAAACCAAAGCCAUUCAUUUCUUUUCUUAAUACAACUACAUAUCUCUAGUCAUGAUCAUAUUUAGCAACCUGAAAUGUUAAUUUUGCUUCUCACUCCACAGAUGCUGCCUGACAUGUUGACUACAUCAUUUUGUACUCUUACUCCAAUAUAAAUAAUUUCUCCCCACUCUUCACAAUAUCCCACUGUCCCUUCUAAUUGUAUAAUAUUCUUUAACUCUGAUGUAUUUUGAAGUUGACUGCAAAAAUGUGAUACUUUUUCUUGGCCCUGUGAAGAUAUAACAAAAAAUAUGAAGCUGUUCACAGACAUAUUUAAUUUUGUGGAUCAUUAUACAAACUAAACUCCAUCAUGCCUCAUAAUAUUCACUAACCUCUAUAGAGAUAUUUUAUCAAAAAUCAUAAGGAAUGCAUAUGCAGUUUCCCAAUAAUGAUCUGGAAACAACACUCAUCUUAGUCAGAGGUUUACAGAUGCACAAAAUCACAAUUCUAGACCAUACUGAGUAGAAAUUGUUCACGGCUAUAGUUUGAUACCAGUUCCAAUAUAACUUCAGAUUUUAAAAUUACUAUAUGGUUUGAUGUUUAAUAUAUGGAAUGAGAUUACUUGUUACUGGACAUUUGCUUGUUAAUGCUCCUUUUAUGAUGCUAUGUGUCUGUGAUGAAGCUGUAAGAUUUUCUUUGCACCUGUGCACUAAUGUACUUGUGCAUAUGACAAUAAACUUGACUUUGACUUUG